UCUGAACCUUCGCCAACGUCGUCUUCUUCCUUCAUCGGUGUUUUCCUUACAUGAAACGCUAACGGAUUCCGACAAGAUGCACGUGUUUCUCAAGGACAUAGUUCCCGCAGCACAGAACAACAUAAACACGCGUUUCAUCAUCCUCGACAAAGCAAGAUCACCACCCGCCGCAGCGGCCGCGGCGAGCAGCGGAAAGAGCUGUAUCGCGUUAGCCGCGGAUGAAACGGCGGCGGUUCACAUACAGUUGUGGGGAGAGGAGUGCGAGGCCUUCGAGGCAGGGGACAUCGUGAAGCUCACCAAUGGGAUAUUCUCGUACGUGAGGAACAGUGGGCUUCUUCUAAGGGCUGGGAAACGUGGGAAUAUGGAGAAGAUGGGUGAGUUCACGGUUGCGUUUGUCGAAACGCCUAAUGUAAGUGAGAUCCAGUGGAGUCCUGAUCCUGAGAAUCCCAAACGCUAUGUUAAGAAAGAUGUGGUUUCGGCUUAUUCCCGUAUUUUCCCUCCUUUGCCUUGAAUUAAGAUUUGUUAACUACACAUGGAAAUAAUAAGGUUUUUAUUUCAUUUUCCAGAUUAUAAUAAAAC